GCCGCACACUCACACCCCCAACACACAAAAGAGAGAAGAAUGAAUUGAAAAGAAAAGAAAAGAGUCUUCUUCAACUCUUCUCUUCUUCUUCUUCUUCUUCUUCUUCUUCACACCAACACCUUCCUUUGAGUCACACCAAAGCCACUUCUGAUUCCUACAUCUCCAUACCCUUUUCAGCUUCCAUCUGACACCAAAAGUUUCCAUUUUUCUCACAUGGGUCAUUUCUAUUUUCCCUCUUUUCUUUAGUUUCUAUCACCCUUUUGUCCCCGUUGGACUUCGUGUCUAUCUGGGGUUGAAGCUUCCAAGUGGGGUUCUGUAUUUUCAUGCGGUGGUGGUAGCUUGUGUUCUUGAGCUUUUUUCUGGCUUCUGGGGUUUUGGUUUUGGUUGAAUCUUGUGUUAAAAUUUGAAAAAAAAAAAUUGGUGAUUGGAGAUGAUGGGUUCAGGUACCAAUUUGGUUACCACGGUCAUUGGGUUUGGGAUGAGUGCCACUUUCAUUGUGUUUGUGUGCACAAGAAUCAUUUGUGGGAGGAUAAGAGGGAGUGUUGAAUCUCGCAUGAUGUAUGAGAUUGAAUCCAGGAUUGACAUAGAACAGCCAGAACAUCAUGCUAAUGACCCUGAACCCGAGCCUGUUAUGCUUGAUGCAAUCCCCACUUUGAAGUUCAACCAAGAGGCCUUCAGUGCCAUUGAAGAUACACAGUGUGUCAUAUGUUUGGCAGAUUACAGAGAAAGAGAAGUGUUACGCAUCAUGCCGAAAUGCGGUCACACAUUUCAUCUUUCUUGCAUUGACAUAUGGCUGAGGAAACAAUCCACUUGCCCGGUAUGCCGUCUGCCAUUGAAAAACUCGUCCGAGGCGAAACAUGUUAGACCUGUUACAUUUACCAUGAGCCAGCCUCUUGAUGAGUCGCACACACCAGAAAGGAAUCAAGAUAGUGAGAGUCGUGUCGAACUGGUUGCUAGCAACUCCUCACAACCACCACCUCCCGGAGAACCAGAAGCAAGGCAAUGAUCUACUCGGGGGAGAAGGGUUCUUCUCCAAAGAAAGUAGUGUACAAUUUCUGCUUCUAUAGAGAAAGGCUUCUAAUUAGAUUGGAUUCAAAUUCUUUGUCUGUACUCUGUAGUAUGGCAUUCAUAUUCACUUGGUGGUGUAAAACAAGGCUUGUCAACAGUGAUUUCUACAGCUUACAUGUAAAUAAAUAUGUUUUUGUUUUGGUGCA